CGGUGGAAGCUCAGGAUAGAAGCGCUAUUCUGGGAGGGAGGGAGGGGGGGCGCGGCGCUUGCUUGUCUUGUAAGAGGAUAAAGAAAAAGGGAAAUCCAGCUAUUUUUAAACUGGACUAUCCUCCGGUGACACCAUGACCAGCGGGCCGGAUGAGAGCUCGGUGCGCGUCGCCCUGAGGAUCCGUCCUCAGCUGGCCAAAGAGAAGAUCGAGGGCUGUCACAUCUGUACGUAUGUGAUGCCCGGGGAGCCGCAGGUGUUCCUGGGUAAGGACAAGGCCUUCACCUACGACCACGUCUUCGACAUGGACAGCCAGCAGGAAGCCAUCUACACCCACUGCACCGAGAAACUUAUUGAAGGCUGCUUUGAGGGCUACAAUGCCACUAUCUUUGCAUACGGACAGACGGGUUCGGGGAAGACCUACACCAUGGGAACCGGCUUCGACGUCAACAUCGGAGAGGACGAGCUGGGUAUCAUUCCCCGGGCCGUCAACCACCUGUUCAGAGGGAUCGAGGAGCGCAGACAGGCUGCCACCGAGCAGGGCAGGCCUGUUCCCGAGUUCAAGAUCAACGCACAGUUUCUGGAGUUGUACAACGAGGAUGUGCUGGACUUGUUCGACUCGACGCGAGACAUCGAGGCCAGGAAGCAGAGAUCCAACAUCAAAAUCCACGAGGACGCCAACGGAGGCAUUUACACCGUGGGGGUCACCACUCGCACCGUCACCUCUGCAGCUGAGAUGAUGCAGUGUCUGAAGCUGGGCGCUCUGUGUCGUACCACCGCCAGCACUCAGAUGAACACCCAGAGUUCGCGCUCCCACGCCAUCUUCACCAUCCACCUGUGCCAAGUGCGAGCCUGCUCUCCCGACAACGACGAUAAUACGACAGACAACCGCCUAGCGAACGACUCACAGAUUAAUGAGUUUGAGACGCUGACAGCCAAGUUCCACUUUGUGGACCUGGCUGGUUCUGAGAGACUGAAGAGAACUGGAGCCACAGGGGACAGAGCUAAAGAGGGCAUCUCCAUCAACUGUGGGCUGCUUGCUCUGGGAAACGUCAUCAGUGCUCUGGGAGACAGGAGUAAGCGCUCCACUCACGUGCCUUACAGAGACUCUAAACUGACCCGGCUGUUACAGGACUCACUGGGUGGCAACAGUCAAACAAUGAUGAUCGCCUGUAUCAGCCCGUCGGACCGGGACUUCAUGGAGACCUUGAACACUCUGAAGUACGCCAACAGAGCCCGAAACAUUAAGAACAAGGUGGUGGUGAACCAGGACAAAGCCAGCCAGCAGAUCAGCGCCCUGAGGACGGAGAUAGCACGACUGCAGAUGGAGCUGAUGGAGUACAAGACGGGGAAGCGUAUGGUGGGUGAAGAUGGCAUGGAGGGCAUGAACGACUUGGUCCAUGAGAACUCCAUGCUGCAGACGGAGAACAACAACCUGAGGGUGAGGGUGAAGGCCAUGCAGGAGACCAUCGACGCCCAGAGAUCCAGACUCACACAGAUCCUCAGUGACCAGGCCAACCAGGCCUUGGCUAAAGCAGGUGAAGGCAGUGAAGAGAUCGGGAACAUGAUUCAAAACUACAUCAAAGAAAUCGAGGAGCUCAGAGCUAAACUUCUUGAAAGUGAGGCUGUGAGCGAGAAUCUCAGGAAGACUUUAUCUCGGGCCUCCACGCGCUCCUCGCUGUACGGCGGCCCCGGCUCCUUCUCCACCGCCCUCCUCGCCCCCGAGAAGGAGGCCAGCGACGUCAUCGAGAUGGCCAAGAGAGACCUGGAGAAGCUCAAGAAGAAGGAGAAGAAGAAGAAGAAGAGACUAAGGCGAUACGAAGAGAAUCACCACCAGGAGGUUGAACACACCAGUGUUGUCAAAGAGGAAGUGCCAGACAACGAGCAGGAGCGAGUCAGCGAGGAGGCAGUGGUGGAGGGCAGCGACCACGAAGAAGGCGAGGAUGCAGAUGGAGAGGAGGAGGACUUUGACGUGGCGGGGGAUGAGACGUCCGAUGAGUCUGACUCAGAAGAACUGGAAGAGAAAGAAAACGUCCAGGCCGACCUGGCCAACAUCACCUGUGAGAUCGCCAUCAAGCAGAAGCUGAUAGACGAGCUGGAGAACAGCCAGCGGCGUCUGCACACUCUCAAACAGCAGUACGAACAGAAGCUGAUGAUGCUGCAGAACAAGAUCAAAGACACACAGUUGGAGAGGGACAAGGUGCUGCAUAACAUGGGUUCAGUGGAGUCGGGUACGGAGGAGAAGGCCAAGAAGAUCAAAGCGGAGUAUGAGAGGAAGCUGAGCUCCAUGAACAAAGAGCUGCAGAAGCUCCAGUCAGCUCAGAAGGAGCACGCCCGCCUGCUGAAGAACCAGUCGCAGUACGAGAAGCAGCUCAAGAAACUCCAGCAGGAUGUGACUGAGAUGAAGAAGACCAAGGUGGUGCUGAUGCGUCAGAUGAAGGAGCAGCAGGAGAGAAACAGAGCCACAGAGUGCAGGAGGAACAGGGAGAUCGCCUCUCUGAAGAAAGACCAGCGCAGAGCGGAGCACCAACUGAAGCAGAUGGAGGCCCAGAAAAGACAACAGGAGCUGAUUCUUCGCAGGAAGAAUGAAGAGGUGACAGCACUUAGGCGGCAGGUGAGGCCCGUGUCUGGGAAGGUGAGCAGGAAGGUGAGCUUACCUGAACCCCUCCAGGAGCCGUCACAUAGAGCCACCCCAGGGAGGAUGCACGCCUCUGGAGCGUCCCCAUCCAAUGGAGCCAGGAGUUCCCCAGUGCGAAUGGGAAGUAUCUACCUCAGCAGGUCAGCCAGGGCCAAAUGGCAGUCGCUGGAGAGACGUGUCACUGACAUCAUCAUGCAGAGGAUGACCAUCUCUAACAUGGAGACAGAUAUGAACAGACUGCUGAAGCAACGGGAGGAGCUCACCAGGCGGAGGGAGCGAGUGUCCAGAAAGAGAGAAAAGAUGGCGGUGGAGGGCGCAGACGCCGACCGCUCCCUGGCCUCCCUGAAUGAGGAGCUGGAGUCUCUGAGCGCCAACAUCGACUAUAUCAACGACAGCAUCGCCGACUGCCAGGCCAACAUCAUGCAGAUGGAGGAGGCCAAGGAGGAAGGAGACACAGUGGAUGUUACCGCGGUGAUCAGCUCCUGUAAUUUAUCAGAGGCCCGCUUCCUUGUGGACCAUUUCAUGACUAUGGCCAUCAAUAAGGGUCUGCAGGCGUCUCAGAAGGAUUCCCAGCUGAAGGUGAUGGAAGGCAGGUUGAAGCAGACAGAGAUCAAUAGUGCCACCCAGAACCAGCUGCUGUUCCACAUGCUGAAGGAGAAAGCUGAGAUCAACCCGGAGCUGGACGCUCUGCUGGGCAGCGCUCUGCAAGAGAAUGAAGACGACAGCAGUAGUGACGAGUCCACCCCCAGUCCAGCCACGGAGGGCAGCACACUGGCAUCAGACCUAAUGAAGUUAUGUGGUGAAGCCAGACCGAGAAGCAAGGCUCGCAGGCGGACCACCACCCAGAUGGAGCUGCUGUAUGCCAGCAGUGGGGAGCUGUCCUGUGAAUCCCCCACCGGAGACUUCUUGGCCCCUCUGCUGCCCCUCUCAGAGUGCCUGGAAGGGCCGGCAGACAUGCAGGGUCACACGCUUGGUCAAACCUCUGACCGCGAGCAAACUGUUUCCCCAUCUGCACUGUCUGCCAGGCCAGCUGGCAUUUCUGGAUCCAGGUCACCAAUUGGGACUGAGAGGAGGCACCUGGAGCGCUCACCCAUCAGCCGAAGGAAGACGCAAGAGAAAGGAGCCACGGGGACACACAUCCCAGCACCCAUACACACACCUCCGCUAAGCACAGCAGAGGUGAAAACUAAAGGCAGUGACUACAAAUCACUGUUGGAGGAGUCACCUGUAUGUGAAGGCCAUAGAGGUGUGAUCAACCCUGUGACGGCCCCUAAGAACAGCCGGGGGGCCAAACUCCAGUGUGUCUACAUAGCAGAGGGCCACACCAAACCUGUUCUCUGUGUAGACGCCACAGAUGAUCUGCUCUUCACGGGAUCCAAAGACCGUACAUGUAAAGUCUGGAACUUGGUAACGGGUCAGGAGAUCAUGUCUCUAGCAGAUCAUCCCAGCAGUGUCGUCUCAGUCAGGUACACUUCCAGUCUCGUCUUCACUGUUUCCACUGCUUACAUAAAGGUCUGGGACAUCAGAGACUCUGCCAAGUGUAUCCGCACACUCACGUCAUCAGGCCAGGUGGGUUCAAGGGACGUCUGUUCCUCUGUCAGGAGUUUGUCCAUCCCACCAGGAGAGAGUCAGAUCAACCAGAUCGCUCUCAACCCUUCCGGCUCCUUCCUCUAUGCUGCUGCUGGCAAUGCUGUGCGCAUGUGGGACCUCCGCAAGUUUGUGUCCACGGGGAAGCUGACUGGCCAUUUGGGGCCUGUCAUGUGUUUGACUGUUGACAAAUUAGGUAAUGGACAGGAUGUUGUCCUCACUGGCUCCAAAGACCAUCAUAUUAAAAUGUUUGAGGUGGCAGAAGGUGCUCAGGGUAGCAUCAGCUCCAGCCAUACAUUUGAUCCCGCGCAUCAGGACGGUGUGGAGUCUCUGGCCGUGCAGGGAGAUGUUUUCUACAGCGGCUCCAGAGACUACUACAUCAAGAAGUGGGACUUAGCCGGUAAACAACUGCUACAGCAGUCUGUCAGCGCCCAGGCAGACUGGGUUAGCGCUCUGGGCGUGGUGCCAGGCUCCCCGGUGCUGCUCAGCGGAUGCAGAGGAGGGCUGCUGCGCCUCUGGCAUUCCGACUCACUCGCGCCCCUCGGCGAGGUCCGCGGACACGACAGCCCCAUCAACGGCCUGGCCACCAACAGCAGCCAACUGUUCACUGCCUCAGAUGACCGCACAGUGAAGAUUUGGGAAGCCAAAGGAUCUCUGGAGGAAGGAGUCCACUGACACCUGAUUCCUCAUAAUCACUGAACGGACCUGAAAUCGAGGAUUGUCUACUGGCCUUUAUCCAAUCAAAAUGAAUCAUUUGUGCACCAACUACAUCACCCAUGACUUGAUGAAUCUUUGGAUGGGAGCCCAAAGUGGGUCUGGGGCCUGAAAGUGUGUGUCCCAGCCUGAAAAAUAAUCUUUUAAACAACACUGAUCCUUCACUGAUGCUCCACAGGGAUCAGUUUCAGGGAAGUCUAAUUAGAUGCGACUGCUCUCAGUCUUUCAAGCUGAGUGUAUUUACUGAUUUUUUUUUUUAGGUCAAGAUGGAUCACAGUGGAGCCUCUCAAGUCUCCAGUAGAGCUGCGAUGGACAGCACCUUUCAUAACUGUGACAGAAAACAAUAAAAUGAAAGUGAAAAUAUGGACUUAUGGAUCUGUGUCCAAAGAUCCAGGAUUCUCUCCUGUGCUUUCAACAUUCCUCUCCUCAGUUCAGCACUAGACAACAUGGAUACCUUCUAUGCAUAUAUUGAGCUGCUGAGAAAAAAACAAAAACAGGUUUUGGUUAAAUGCUUUGCUUCCCCGCUCCAUACUGUUGUCCUUCAAAACUAAGAUUGCUGAAAGAGUCUGUGUCCCAAAACAAGACACGGAGAUCUCCUGCUCACCAGCAAUAACUGUGAGUCUGUCCUGUGUGUUCACAUGAUGCGUGAUGUGUUGUGUCUUCCUGUCAUUGCUCUCCAGGUCAUUUUGGGGAUGUGUGUGUGUGAGCUCUCUGUAACCAAUGACCAAAUAACUACUGAAACUGCGUAUGGUCUUAUUCUUCAGCUGUUACUGCCAAACUCUCUAGUGGAAGAUGAGAGGCUUCUAAAUUAAACAUACCGCACUCCUUUGACAGGGUCCUUACACCUUUUCCACUUCAAAUUUCUGUAUUUAUUCUAGUGUUUAAAUCAGUGUUAAGUCAUUGUUCAUUAAAUCAACUGCUGACCAAUAUUAUGUCUCUAUAAAACGGUGUUACGGCUGAAUAACAAUAUUCCUACAUACUGCCUUACAAAAGCAGAGACAAUAAAGUUGGGAAAAAUGAGCUUGAAGUUUGAAGGCUACUUAGUCAAGCAGAGGAACAGAAUAAUAAUAAAAACAAGACAAAUGCAGUAACAAAAUGUUUCCUUUAGCUUUCUUGUCCAUUUGCACUGAUGAAUGAAUUAAUCUAUGAUUUAAUACAUUUAAAUAUAUGAUGUAACGGUAGCUUAACCACAUCAAAUCAUAAAUUCCUCUAGUUUCAGAGGCUGAGACAGCAGUUACUAUUACUCUGCUAAGCAAGGCUAGUUUGCUUUUAGCAGGACUAGUUCAACUGGUGUUACUUUUAUAAUCAGAUUUAGCUAUUGCCAUAUUUAUGUGGUAUAACAAACUCAAUUGCUAAGACAUUGGAAGUUCAAAAAAGCUGAUUUUUAAAUGUAGGAAACAGGUAGGAAAAAGUGGGUAAAUUAGCUUUCCCCAGCUAGCCUUAAAUAGCUAACGUGGCAUCACUGCAGUUUGGUGUUUACCUCUGUUUUUCAAAUUUGACAUGUUUUUUGUAAGUACGAUGGUAUGAUUUUGUAGAUAGUAAAACAGAUGUCAAAAAGUCAGACUGUGGUCUCAAUUUUGACCAAUAUAGUUACUGCGUUUUGGCUUUGUAGGGCAGCAUAGCAGCAUAGAAAAACUGUUAGCCCACUGCUAAACCCUACUUUUAUCUGUAAAUCAACUUGUGAAAAUGAUACAUGUGUCUCAAUGUUUCCCAAACUCUCACAACAGCUUCAAUAUUCCAGUCAGUAAUGUGUUGUCAGCAGUCACAAAUAGCAGCUGGGUUUCUGGUGUCAGUAUUCUCUGGUUGAUACAGUUUCCUUUAAGGAUUUGUACCUGCUGAAUGGUAUUACUUUCCUGUCAGCACACUCCCCUCUGGCUUCUCUGACCUGCAUCUCUUUAGGUCUCCAGCAAACAUUUUCUCACUUCCAGGAUUUAGAUACUUCGGAUGAAAAGGUUACCCACUGAGUAUUAUACUAUAUAUAUACUUUCUCUGAUCUUUAGUAGCUGUGCAACAUUUCUAAAGCUGAAGUACAGCUCUGUCAGCAAGUGCUUUUUGGAAACUUUUGCCAGAGUCGUAUUGCAUGUAGUUUAACAGUUUAAUAAGAAGAUACUUUAAUGAAAGGCUGUUUCUAAUUUGAAUAAUGUGAAUGUAAAUCAUUCAUGUUGAUGGAAUCAAGCACCUUGUAAUUCCUAAGUCAUGGGAUAUGACGAUGGUAUUUUGUGAGAGCAUCUACUCCUGAAAAGAUGUGUGUGUGUUUGUGUGUGUGUGUGUGUGUGUGUUUCAAUCCAAAUGAUGUGAUGUGAAGUUCUCUUUCCGUUCUCCAUGUACUGUACAGUACUGUACAGCUCUGUUGUCUUUGUGUCUGUUAACUGCACACAUGCUGCAGUUAACAAUAUCAAACACCAUUUAAUCUUUUAAAUGUUAGUCUAAAAAGCUACUAUUUAUUUAUUUUUGCGUUGAUUUUUGACUUUGCUGUUGCGUCUUCCUUAUCAAUCAGAGAUUUUGAACUCAUUUCCAUCUAAUGCCUCUGAUAUCUUAGCAUCAUAGACGAUGGACUGCACAGAAUAUAUGGGAUGAAUUUCUCCAUAAUCAGAGGUGUUAUCAGUGCCUGUAAUAAACUAAACUGUGAGUAGUGACUAUAAAUGCGGACUAUCCCUUGGUUACCUGGUAACCAAUUAAUCAUGAACUACUGUAUCAUGAGUAUCCUUUAAGUUAACUGGAAAAAACACUUGCUGCUCUGUUUUGGAUAUUGGAGGUAGACAUUGUUUGCAGUGCUAGUCAAUGUGACUAAAAUAUCAAUUUUUUUGCAACUUUAAAUCAGUUUUUCUCCAUUGUCUCACAACAGUUUAAUACACAGGACUGAGAAACUGGUUUUCGGUCCCAUUGACUUGCACUCAAUCUCUAAAUAAAUAAUCCCAAAAACGAAAUCAUAUGAGCUGUAAGUAUUUUUUUCAAUUCAUAACUAAUUCAUUCAUUCUGCUUAAAAUCCUAAUUAUCCUUCUAAUUGUAGUUGUAUCUUAUUUUGAAAUUUUAUUUGAUCUGUGUAAAUAUGACUUGUUUUUCUUCCUGCUGAUUCUCUUGUGCACAAUUUCAAGUGAUUAAAAUAUCAGCUGCAGUGUGAAAAUACAUUUUAAAAUCAAAAAUAAUUCUCCAAGUGUUAUGUGUUUAUUUUUUUCAUAUUUUAACCAUGUAUUAAUGCGUUAUGACCACAUGGUGGUAGUACUGUAUAAUGACGUGCUGUAGUGGAUAAGUAAUCGUGUUUUUGUAAUUGUGUUUCCCUGGCAAAAAUCUAAAUGACACAGUCUGCUUAUAUGCAGACUACAGUCAGUCUGUUUUCCAUUUUCUUAUUUUAAUUUACCUCCAAAUACUUGUUUUAUAAAGAAGGGAAUAAGGGAGGACUGGACACAUUAUACAGUACAUUACCUUACAAUAAUUUGCACAAUCUCUGGCUCCUUUCUGCCCUCAUCAUUUAUCUGUAGCUGGUUUCAUUCCUCCUUUAAUUAAAAAUUUCAGGCAGUAA